GCUUGGUAACAAUGGGGAAGAUAAUGGCUGCCUGAGCAACGUCUCCGAGCAGGCGCUGGGCUAGAGGCGGGUCUCAACCAGCGACUCAUCGGAGGCGGGCUUGAGAGCAGCGGCAGGGGAGGCGCGCAGGAGCCUCGGCGGCGGCGGCGGCGGCGGCCGAACCGACAGAGUCGGACCCGACACUAAAACCGAAUAAUUUUCCACUUGUUCAUCAAGAUGGAAAGCUCAGAUUCUAACGAUAAAGGAAGUGGUGAUCAGUCUGCAGCACAGCGCAGAAGUCAGAUGGACCGAUUGGAUCGGGAAGAAGCUUUCUAUCAAUUUGUAAAUAACCUGAGUGAAGAAGAUUAUAGACUUAUGAGGGAUAACAAUUUGCUAGGCACCCCAGGUGAAAGUACUGAGGAAGAGUUGCUGAGAAGACUACAGCAAAUUAAAGAGGGCCCACCACCACAAAACUCAGAUGAAAACAGAGGUGGAGACUCUUCAGAUGAUGUGUCUAAUGGUGACUCUAUAAUAGACUGGCUUAACUCUGUCAGACAAACUGGAAAUACAACAAGAAGUGGGCAAAGAGGAAACCAAUCUUGGAGAGCAGUGAGCCGGACUAAUCCAAACAGUGGUGAUUUCAGAUUCAGUUUAGAGAUCAAUGUUAACCGUAAUAAUGGGAGCCAAAAUUCAGAGAAUGAAAAUGAGCCAUCUGCAAGACGUUCUGGUGGAGAAAAUACAGACAACAACAGCCAAAGGCAAGUGGAAAAUCCACGAUCUGAAUCAACAUCUGCAAGGCCAUCCAGAUCAGAACGAAAUUCAACGGAAGCAUUAACGGGAGAAGUCGCACCUACCAGAGGUCAGAGAAGGGCAAGAAGCAGGAGCCCAGACCAUCGGAGAACCCGCGCGAGAGCUGAAAGAAGUAGGUCACCUCUGCAUCCGAUGAGUGAAAUUCCACGAAGAUCUCAUCAUAGUAUCUCAUCUCAGACUUUCGAGCAUCCUUUAGUAAAUGAGACGGAGGGAAGUUCUAGAACCCGGCACCAUGUGACAUUGAGACAGCAAAUAAGUGGACCCGAUUUGCUGAGUAGAGGUCUUUUUGCAGCUUCUGGAACAAGAAAUGCCUCACAAGGAGCAGGUUCUUCAGACACAACCAGCAGUGGUGAAUCUACAGGAUCAGGACAGAGACCUCCAACCAUAGUCCUUGAUCUUCAAGUAAGAAGAGUCCGUCCUGGAGAAUACCGGCAGAGAGAUAGCAUAGCUAGCAGAACUCGGUCGAGGUCUCAGACGCCAAACAAUACUGUCACUUAUGAAAGUGAACGAGGAGGUUUUAGGCGUACGUUUUCACGUUCCGAACGGGCAGGUGUGAGAACCUAUGUCAGUACCAUCAGAAUUCCGAUUCGUAGAAUCUUAAAUACCGGUUUAAGUGAGACUACAUCUGUUGCAAUUCAGACCAUGUUAAGGCAGAUAAUGACAGGUUUUGGUGAGUUAAGCUACUUUAUGUACAGUGAUAGUGAUUCCGAGCCUAGUGGCUCAGUCUCGAGUCGAAAUGUGGAAAGGGCAGAGUCACGGAAUGGAAGAGGGAGUUCUGGUGGUGGUAGCAGUUCUGGUUCCAGUUCGAGUUCCAGUUCCAGUUCGAGUUCCAGUUCCAGUUCUAGUUCCAGUUCCAGUCCUAGUUCCAGUUCCAGUGGUGAAAGUUCAGAGACUAGCUCAGAGGUGUUUGAAGGCAGUAAUGAAGGAAGCUCAUCAUCAGGCUCAUCAGGUGCCAGACGAGAGGGUCGACACAGGGCCCCGGUAACCUUUGAUGAAAGUGGCUCUUUGCCCUUCCUUAGUCUGGCUCAGUUUUUCCUCUUAAAUGAGGAUGAUGAUGACCAACCUAGAGGACUUACCAAAGAACAGAUUGACAACUUGGCCAUGAGAAGUUUUGGUGAAAACGAUGCAUUAAAAACCUGUAGUGUUUGCAUUACAGAAUAUACAGAAGGCAACAAACUUCGUAAACUACCUUGUUCCCAUGAGUACCAUGUCCACUGCAUCGAUCGCUGGCUAUCUGAGAAUUCUACUUGUCCUAUUUGUCGCAGAGCAGUCCUAGCUUCUGGUAACAGAGAAAGCGUUGUGUAAUUAAGUUCUGAACUCUCAGCUACGUAGCUGGUAUAGUGAUGGGCAAACAGGAAUCACUUGCUUUAUGCCCACUUUUUGAGUGGUGCUUAAAUGUAAAGUAGCAACCUGAAUUGAGUCAUUGCUUUCUGAGUGAAUCAUUGUCCUUUUUCCAAUUUCUGUUCCAGAAUAAAAGGAAAUAUUUAAAAAGCAAUGUUUUAGGACAUAAAAAUCUGAUUUCAGUACCAGUAAUUGAUAUUACUGAUGAUUUGUCAUAUACGCUUAUCAGUUUCUCCUUUGUUAUCUUAAAAGAUUUGCCUUAGCAAUGGCUCUUUAUCCGUUUCACGUUGAUCUUUAACGUUUCCCAUGCCAUAGGAGAGAAGGGCAAAGGAAAUUCCCAGUUUAGACUAAGUUACAGUACAUGUUUCAUAAGUGAUUGCUUAAAGCUCUACCAUUCCCAGUUCUUAGUUGGCACAAAUUCAGCUACAUGCUGAAUAUCAUUUGUUCACCUUUCAGAUGAGGUGAUAUUGGACGUCAGUGUAAAUAACACUAAGGUUAGGAUCUUCUAAGUGUAUAACUGUCUCCUAAGCCCAUCACUGUGGCACACUGUAGAGUGAGCUUAUAGUUUAAUUGAGAUAUUUAUCUUGUGGAAAUAUUAAAAAAGCCUAUGCUUGUGUAAGUGAAAAAAAUCACAUUCAUUUGUUUAAAAAUGUAAAGCUAUUUUGUAGAGGCUCAGUACUUUUCCAAUGCACUGUUGUAUUAAUGCAUUAAAAAUUGUAAAGUAC